AUGGGUUCGUUCAUCUAUCGAGAAUGGUGGAAUGGUGGGGCACAAUGCAUGUCUGGCCUUCCCCGACCAGGCCCGCCGGUCAAGCGGACAACCACGUCCUCGAUGCGUCCACCAGCUGCUCGGCCUCUACACUUGGCGCGCGGCCGCUCAGCAACGCCGGCAAUGGAAGGGCGCACCUCCCGCGCAGAGUCGGUGGCAUCCCAAAGGACCGCACCACGAUCGUCGCCUCUAAAGCGCAAAGUGAGCGAAUAUGAAGAGGGUGGUGAGGAGACUAACAUCAAUGUUGUCGUCCGGUGUCGAGGGCGUAAUGAUCGUGAAGUACGCGAGAAUAGUGGUGUUGUCGUCUCGACAAAUGGGAUCAAGGGCACAACAGUCGAUCUCUCCAUGGGCCCAAGUGCGCUGAGCAAUAAAACCUACCAAUUCGACAAGGUCUUCUCAUCAGCCGCUGAUCAAAACAUGGUCUUUGACGAGGUUGUUUCGCCAAUAUUAGACGAGGUUCUCGAUGGCUUCAAUUGCACAAUCUUCGCGUAUGGCCAGACUGGCACAGGGAAAACCUACACCAUGACUGGUGACAUCUCAAACGUCCUUCCCUUACCAGACGCAGCCGGUAUUAUUCCCCGCGUUCUAUACGCCCUUUUCCAGCGCCUCGAAGCAGACGAAACCGAGAACUCAGUCAAAUGCUCUUUCAUCGAAUUGUACAAUGAGGAACUCCGCGACUUGCUCUCUCCAGACGACUCUACGAAGCUGAAAAUAUUCGAUGACAACAGCAAGAAAGGCCACAGCACGACUAUGGUCCAGGGGAUGGAGGAGUGCCACUUGAAGACUGCGGUGGAGGGUAUCACACUUCUGCGCAACGGAAGUCACAAGCGACAAGUCGCAGCAACAAAGUGUAACGAUCUCAGUUCUCGAAGUCACACCGUCUUCACAAUCACCGUCUACAUUAAGCGUACCAGCGAAGAUGGCCAGGAAUACCUGAGCGCAGGCAAGCUCAACCUUGUUGAUUUGGCCGGAAGCGAGAACAUUCAGCGCAGUGGAGCAGAAAACAAGCGGGCAGCGGAAGCCGGUCUGAUCAAUAAGAGCCUGCUGACUUUGGGUCGUGUUAUCAACGCGCUCGUCGAACGAAGCUCGCAUAUCCCGUACAGGGAGUCAAAGUUGACGCGUCUGCUGCAAGACUCGCUUGGUGGACGAACGAAAACCUGCAUCAUUGCAACGCUAUCGCCAGCCAAGAGCAACCUUGAGGAGACAAUUUCGACCCUCGACUACGCAUUCCGAGCAAAGAACAUCCGAAACAAACCGCAAGUCAACCAAGCAAUCAACAAGAAGACUCUACUCAAGGAGUACACCGCGGAAAUUGAGAAGUUGAAAAGUGAAUUGAUUGCCACGCGCCAGCGGAACGGUGUCUACCUCACGCAGGAGAACUAUGAAGAGAUUACGACCGUUAGCGAGUCUCGACGUAUACUGAGUGAGGAGCAGCGCGACAAGCUCGAGACCAUGGAAGUCAACCUUAGGAAUAAGGUCGAAGAUCUUUUCAAGCUAAUGACUAACUUUGCAACUUUGAAGAAGGACCACGAGCAGGCACAAUUGGCUUUGGACGGUACAAAAGGCAUUCUUGAAAAGACUGAGAUUGUUCUUGAACACACGCGACAGAACUUGGCGGAGGAGGCUGAACUACGAAAAGCGCAUGAGAAGACGGAGGAGGAGCUUGCAAAUCUCGGAAAGGAUAUGAUCUUCACACUCGGAAAGACCACGUCUGCGAUCGAUGGGCUGCGGUCGAAGAUUCGUCGCAAGUCGGAGCUCCAGUCACAGAAUCGACGCAACUGGAAUUCUUCACAGACCAAGGUGGUUGAUACCACGCGCCUCGUGGAGGAUCGGAUAGAGGAGUUCCAACAGCAGCAAGAGCAGCUGAUGAGCACACUUGCUGAGCGAAUGCAGAAUUUUGUCAGGGACGAGCUUGAGAAGCUCGGUGCGUCUCAGUCAUUCCUACAAGAAAAAAUGCAGGCAUAUCAGAGCUCGGAGAAGGAAGUUAAUGAACAGACUCUGCAGUCUCGCGAUCACAUGAACGAAGUCCUAGAGGAAAUCAAAACCUUAAGAGAGGAUGUGAAGGAGAAGAUUGGUGCAGGUCUUGAUGAGCUUUCUGCCGCUGCAGAGACAAUAUCGGCGAGCAUCAUCACCGAGUUGGAGGCCUUCCACAUGCAAGUGCAUGCUUCAUACGCUUCGCUAGGACGUGAUUUCAAGACGACUUUUGACGACCUAGUCAAGGACCUCAGCGAUCAGCAGGCUGAGAAUGAGCGCCUGCACCAUGAGGUUCUCGAGGCAGACACUACUAUGAUCGAAGCCAACAAAGCUUCUCAAUCCGCGCUGGAACAAGUAGUGGCCGAGGAGAAGCAGAAGGCAGCCGAGGAUCGUCAACAAUUACUAACGCAGAUCGCGGCCCUUAUCACUGCAAACGCAGAUGCGCAAGAGAAGAGAUUAGAUGAAAAACUUGCGAACGUGAGCGCUGGCAUCAGUGCUGCCAAUGUAAUCUUUGAGUCGAAGCGAGAGGCAUACACUGAAGGAGUGAGCGCGUGGUCAAACCGAUCCCGCGACAUCCUUGCAGGCGUUUCGAAGUCUCGCGAUGCUGUCAAGACAAAGAUCAAGUCCGACUUUGCUGCCGCCACUGAGCAGUCUUCAUCAAUCAAGGAUACCACCACGUCUGUUCAUGCAAGCACAGUCAAGACUGUCGAGGCUCAAAUGGCACAUCUGGACACACAGCUGCAGUCUCUUGAUGACAUUGUUGCCCGCAUCCGUGAACAGAAUAACACUCAUCACGAGGCCCACACCAACACGCUCGCUUCUCUAUCUUCGACUGUGGCAGCUUCUUACGCCAGCAUUGGAGACCACUUGUCCUCGUCCUUUGAGCGUGUCCAGUCUUUGGAGUCGGAGAUGACAGCCCAAGCAGAAACUCUGAAGGAGACCUUGCCCGCCCUGGCGCCCGAUGCAGAUAUUCGUGCACCACUCCACGAGUUGCGCGAAGUUGUUGCAAACCAGAAUCUCAUUGAGUACAACCCAACUGGCGAGACACCACAACGCGUGAACUACAAUAUCCCCUCCACGCUCCCGCGGACUGAAGCUCAUGAGAAUAUUCUUUCCCGACUUCGUGAUGGGCCUGCUCCCGUAGAUACCACAACUCGCAGCCCGUCGAAACAACCCAUCUUCAACGAUGCCACCAACGCCCUCUCCUCCCCUACUGACAUGUUCAACCUCAAAAUUUCCAAGCCCAACUUCAACCCCUCCAUUAGUGCGCACGCCCACACUAUCUCCAAUCUACCUACCACGGGAGCCUCGUUGCGUGAACUCGAUGUUAACAUCGUCGCGCAGGAAGCUCAUACCCAGCCUCUCCCUCUCGUCUCCCAGUCUUCAGACACGGUGGUUAUGGCUUUGCCGCCAAAUAAGAAGCAGCGUGGUAAUGGAGAAGAGUCAAAGCUGCCGAUGAAAAAAAUGCGCAAGACGGUACAUGCGGUGGCGGGUGAAAAGGGGGAUAGGGAGAAUAUUACCAGUUUUUCGAGCAGUGUUGGGCCGGGAAUGAGGAAGUUGAGGAGUCAUGGGAGCACUUGA